AUGUCGAUUCAUUCCUUGAGACGCGAGUGUGCUAACUUGGCUUGGGACAACAGCAUUCCCCCUGCAUUGCAUGUUAAAUCAGGCGAUGAAAUCACCUUCGAUUGCCCUGACGCAUCGAAUGGGCAGUUAACUGCAGAUUCGACAGUCGAGACUCUAAAAACGAUCAACAUGACAGGAUUUAAUCCAGUAAACGGGCCCGUGUUUGUGAAUGGUGCACAGCCUGGUGAUACGCUCCAAGUUGACGUUCUUCGCAUCGAGAAUCCCGAAUGGGGAUGGACAGGGCUGUUCCCGGGCUUCGGACUUCUUGCUGAUGAGUUCCCAGAACCAGGGCUCAAGAUCUGGAAACUGGAGCAUGCAGGGGGGUUUGCGUGGUUUGAUGAGAAGAAGGGUAUUAAAGUACCCCUGAGGCCGUUUGCCGGUGAGAUGGGGGUCGCGCAGAAGAAGAAGGGUGCUUUUUCUACUAUUCCGCCAUAUCAUACUGGAGGAAAUAUUGAUACGAAGCAUAUUACGGUGGGUUCUACGCUGUUUCUUCCAGUUGAGGUGGAGGGAGCACUGUUUAGCAUUGGGGAUGGUCAUGCUGCACAGGGGGACGGAGGAUCGGCAAUCGAGACACCCAUGAAAGUCACGGUGCGGCUCUCAGUAAGGAAAGACAAGCCAUACACCAAGACACCACAUUUCAGCACGGUUACUGCUGCUGAUACACCCGGGGAGUAUUAUUGUACCACCGGCAUUGACUCGGAUGUCAGGGAGGCAAUGAGAUCAGCCGUGAGGAACAUGAUUACUUUUCUGGUCGCAGAAUAUGGCUUGGAUAGGGUGGAAGCGUAUAUAUUGUGUAGCGUCGCGGGAGAUCUGAGAAUGCAUGAAGUGGUGGACAUGCCAAACUAUGUGAUCGGGAUGAUGAUGCCCAAGUCUGUGCUCGGACCAUCGAAUAAGGAGUGAAGGACGUUCUCAUAUAACGAACUGCCCUUGUGUGGAACGUGUCGAGCAAACUAAUACGCGUUGUCAGAUCACUAACCUGUCAGCGUUAGUGCGGCUCAACGUAGUACCCUUCAACGUAUGACUAACCGGUAGAACAAUAGUGCCAAUAUGUUUUCAUUGUCAUGCCAUGCAACUUUGUAUCAAGGGCACUAGAGUUAGACUGUCACGUCCGGCAGCCGCAGAGCAAGAGCAUAUGUUUCAGAACAUUGUGAUUGGCUGCUAGUCCGGUC